AUGGAUGUUGACAAGACCUCGACCGCCUCCUCGCCGGACCUCGCGUCUUCGCCCUCUUCCCCGCCGGCCGCCAGCAAGCCUCGGCGCCCCCUCUCCCCAUCAACGCCGGUGAGGCCCCCUUGGCCUCUCCUCCUCUCUCUGCCCUCGCACACGACCGCGGCCAUCACGCCCUGGGCCGCGUCCAAGCUCGUCGCCCGCGUCGUCCCGCUGCCCACGCGCUCUGGCCUUGCCCUCCUCGCCGCUGCUCCGCCCGGUCACCGCGACCCCGUCCCGCCCGGCGUGUCACCUCGCGCGCUCGCGCCUGUGCUGUGGCCGGCUACCGCGUGCUACUGCUCCUGCGGCUGCGCCGCCCCCGCUUCUCGCGUCCACCACCGUGCCACCGCCCCCGCCUCACCCGCCUGCUUCCCUCGCCGUGCUGGCCUCGCCCACGCCGGCCUGGCGACCUGCCAGGGCGCCGUGCUCGAGCCCCCCGGCCUCCCUCGCCUUGCUGACCUUCGCCGGACCUCGAUCGCCUCCUCGCCGGACCUCGCGUCUUCGCCCUCUUCCCCGCCGGCCGCCAGCAAGCCUCGGCGCCCCCUCUCCCCAUCAACGCCGGUGAGGCCCCCCCGGCCUCUCCUUCUCUCUCUGCCCUCGCACACGACCGCGGCCAUCACGCCCCGGGCCGCGUCCAAGCUCGUCGCCCACGUCGUCCCGCUGCCCACGCGCUCUGGCCUUGCCCUCCUCGCCGCUGCUCCGCCCGGUCACCGUGACCCCGUCCCGCCCGGCGUGUCACCUCGCGCGCUCGCGCCCGUGCUGUGGCCGGCUACCGCGUGCUGCUGCUCCUGCGGCUGCGCCGCCCCCGCUUCUCGCGUCCACCACCGUGCCACCGCCCCCGCCUCACCCGCCUGCUUCCCUCGCCGUGCUGGCCUCGCCCACGCCGGCCUGGCGACCUGCCAGGUCCGCCGGCCCCCCCUCGCGCCCCUGGCCACGCGCCCGCUCGGGCUGCACCCAGCGCCCACAACCACGGCGCCUGUUCGGGCGGCGCCCGCAGCACCUGAACCCACUCUGGCCCCCGUGGCCCUAUGA